GGCUUCUCCCCCUGCUUGCCUCCCUGCCCUCAAUGGCUUACAUAAACUCCUCCCACAUCACAAUCCCAUCCAUCCUCAUCUUCUUUAUCCGGCCAAUUUGUCCCUUCGUCCAUCGCGAUGGAAACUCCAGCUUUGUCUUCGCGCUUACCUUCAUUCAGCCUCGGCCAUCGCGCUGCAGCCCUCACCACGUUGGCCUGGACCACCCGCCAUCCGUUGCCGAGCUUGUCCCACCGCUCUAAUUUGAAAUGCUUAGCUGCCACUCUCUCUUCUUCCGCCGUCUCAAUCCGGACAGUGGAAAAGGAGGAGCAAGCGAGGUUGGCAUACGCCGUCGAGAUGGGGAGCAACCUGGUCCCACUCUACCGCUGCAUUUUCUGCGAUCACCUAACCCCAAUAUUGGCUUACCGCUGCCUCGUUCAAGAAGACGACAUCGAGUCCCCUAGCUUCCUUUUCGAGUCCGUUGAGCAGGGUUUGACCGGAACCUCUGUCGGCCGGUAUAGUGUUAUUGGAGCUCACCCGGCUAUGGAGAUUGUUGCCAAGGAAAACGUAGUUUCAAUUGUGGACCGCGUGCUCGGUCUGAGGACUGAAGAAUUCGUGGAUGACCCAAUGGUUAUCCCGCAAAGGAUUUUGGAGGGCUGGAGCCCACAGUUCAUGGACGAGCUCCCUGAUGUCUUUUGCGGUGGAUUGAUGGGUUAUUUCUCAUAUGACACCAUGCGAUAUGUUGAGAAAAAAAGGCUCACAUUUUCCACUGCUCCAAAAGAUGAUAGGAACCUCCCUGACAUCAACCUAGGUCUUUAUAAUGAUGUGAUAGUGUUUGAUCAUGUAGAGAAGAAAGCUUAUGUGAUUCAUUGGGUACAUUUGAGUCACUAUUCUUCUAUUGAUGAUGCUUAUCAGAAUGGGAGGAAUAGAUUGGAGGUUUUGCUAUCACGAUUGCAGAAUAUGGAACCUCCAAGGUUAUGUACUGGAUCUGUCAAAUUCCAUACUAGCCACUUUGGUGCUCCUCUGAGAAGAUCGACAAUUACGGCAGAAGAAUACAAACAGGCUGUUUUGCAAGCAAAAGAACACAUUUUUGCUGGUGACAUUUUUCAGGUUGUUUUGAGCCAACGAUUUGAAAGACGUACAUUUGCCGAUCCUUUUGAUGUUUACCGAGCACUAAGAAUUGUGAAUCCAAGUCCAUAUAUGGCUUACAUGCAAGCGAGGGGAUGUGUACUUGUAGCAUCAAGCCCUGAGAUCCUCACUUGUGUAAAGAAGGGGAAGAUUGUUAACCGGCCACUUGCUGGAACUAUUAGAAGGGGAAUGUCAGAGCAAGCGGAUAAAAUGCAAGAACAGCAGCUACUGAGAGAUGAGAAGGAACGUGCUGAACACAUAAUGCUUGUAGAUUUAGGACGGAAUGAUGUUGGAAAGGUAUCAAAAUUUGGUUCAGUUAAAGUGGAGAGACUGAUGAACAUUGAAAGAUAUUCUCAUGUGAUGCAUUUCAGCUCAACGAUUACCGGAGAGUUAUUUGAUCAUCUUAAUUGCUGGGAUGCUUUAAGAGCCGCAUUGCCGGUGGGAACAGUUAGCGGUGCUCCAAAGGUGAGAGCCAUGGAACUUAUUGAUAAAUUGGAGGUGACACGACGAGGUCCUUAUAGUGGUGGGUUUGGUGGGAUAUCUUUUAAUGGUGACAUGGAUAUUGCUCUAGCUCUCAGGACCAUGGUCUUUCCAACAGCUGAUCGCUACAGCAGACGGUAUUCAUUCAAGAACAUGAAUAGAAGGCAGGAAUGGGUGGCUGAUCUGCAGGCUGGAGCUGGGAUUGUGGCAGACAGCAAUCCUGAUGAUGAACAGAGAGAGUGUGAGAAUAAGGUUGCAGCUCUUGCCUUUGCCAUUGAUCUCGCAGAGAAUACUUUUGUCAAGUUAUAGGUUAUCACAUAGCGAUCGAGGUUUCCCUUGGCAUUGUUAGCACUAGCAUCAGUAUAUGCAGUUCUGUUAGGCCUCGUUUUGAAAACCACAAUCAGAGUAGGAAGCAAAAGUAUGGGACCGAAAUCAAGUAUCCCGUAGCUCUGGUGAACCUCUAUUCUUCAGUCCAUCCAGAUUUUAUCAGGAGACGAUAAUUGUUAUUCUUUUGAUGUUUUCCAACACUGGCUUUUCAUGUUGUAAUAGAAAAAUUAGUUUUAAUUAAUGUUGAUAAUUUUGAUAAGGAUUUCUUGUUUUACUUCGCACGGGG